AUGCUGCCGCAAUGUCAGGGCCCAGUCUGGGCCAUUGACGACCUAUCUCGUUGCUUCCAACGAAACGUCCUUCAAGUCAUACUUCCCCUCACGGUUUGUGGCGCCUCGGUGCUGCUUGUCCUAAUCCGUCUUGCUCAUCGUUAUGUCCUUGCCCAAAAAGGCGUCGCUUACAAGGUCCUCCCGAACAAUGACUCCGAAGAUGACGUCCCAAAUGCGACGCAGGAAAAUGAGUCCGACGCGCUGCUGUUUCGAGCUGCACAAAACGAACAACCCCAGGUUGAGGUCGAUCGCCCCCGUGGAGAGGUCACCGUUGUGUUACUCGAAAUUACAGCUCUGAUUGGACAGGUCGCAGUAUAUAUUCUGAUUUUGUCGACUCAGGCCUGGGGUCGGCAUGGAACACUUCCCGCCGUGGCUGGGCUCGUAUCGUGGGGUUAUAUUCUUUUCUUGGUGCUGGUCCGAUUUCUGCUGUCAACCCUGGAUCUGUCCUCCGCGCCCAGAUUAUGGACUCAUACGGCCUUCUUGUACGGCUUCCAGUGGCUCUUCAACGUCAUGGUCUUCCGUUCCGCCGUCAUACACCCAUUGUCACAGCGCGCCCUCAUUCUCAGCAGCGUGCAGUUUACUCUUAGCACAGGGCUGCUGCUUAUUGCAGUCACCACUCGCCGCGGCAAUAAGCCAGUCUUGAUUGAGCGAGAAGAUGGAUUGGAACCCCCGAGGCAUCCCACGGCUAGUCUAUUUUCUCUUGCGACAUUUUCUUGGCUUGAUCCUCUGGUUCUGAAGGGCUACCGCAACCCAUUGGAGCUUGAAGAUGUUUGGAACUUGACACCGUCUCAAAAGGCUGCAACAGUUCUCAAAGACUUCCGCAAGAGACAGAUGAAAGGGUCUCUAGCAUGGAAGCUGGUUCGAUACUUCCUUGGCAUGAUUCUAAAGCAGGGUGCCUGGACGAUUUUCGCCAAUCUAUUCGUUUUCAUGCCUAGUCUACUUCUCAAGGCCAUCCUCGAAUAUGUCGAAGACCCUCGGUCGACCACACCCAAUGCGGCUUGGUUGUACGCCAUUCUGCUGUUUUGUUGCGCCACAGUGCAGGGUGUGGCCGAUGGACAGGCCUUGUUCAUUGGUCGUCAGAUGGGUGUAAAAAUCCGUGCGAUCAUCAUUGGUGAAAUCUAUGCUAAAGCUUUGCGCCGCAAGGCGGGCGCUUCAGUCGAGCCCACCAAAAAGGCAGAAGAUCCAAUCUUGCCAAAGGGCCAGAAAAAGGGAAUUUUCUCCUUCGGUCGUAAGAAGAAGAAGGCUACAAGUGAGAACGAUGCCGAGGACGGAAACAAGCCAGACACUAAAGAAGAGGAGCCCACACAAGCCAAUGUCGGCACAAUCAUCAACUUGAUGGCGAUCGAUUCGUUCAAGGUAAGCGAAGUUGGCGCCUAUCUCCACUUCCUGUGGGCUAGUGUGCCAGUGCAGAUCAUUAUGGCUAUUAUCCUGCUCUACCAUAUCAUGGGUUUCAGCUCAUUUGCCGGUAUUGCCCUGAUGGCCCUCAUGUUGCCUGUCAAUCUUUUCAUCGCCCGCCAGUUCAAUAAGGUGCAGAACCAGAUCUUGAAGGGCACCGAUGCUCGUAUCCACGCCACCAACGAAGUCCUACAAAACAUCCGCAUCAUCAAGUAUUUCGCUUGGGAGCAGCGAUUCCAAGAAAUUGUCGGCGAGAAGCGGAAGGCCGAACUGAAAGCCCUGCGUAACCGAUACAUCCUCUGGUCCUCUGCUGCAACCAUCUGGUACGGCACACCUAUUCUGAUUACGUUCAUGUCCUUCUUUUUAUACACCGUGGUCGAAAAGAAGCAAUUGACUCCUUCGGUCGCUUUCCCUGCGUUGUCCAUGUUCUCCUUGCUGCGUGUGCCUUUGGAUCAACUUGCGGAUAUGGUGGCCCACGUUCAAGAAUGCAAGGUUUCGUUGGACCGGGUGGACAACUACCUCAACGAGGAGGAGACAGGCAAGUAUGACCAAGUCCGUGAUAGCACAACUGCCGGAACGCCUACCAGGAUUGGCCUUGAGAAGGCAACACUUUCUUGGAGCAAUGUAAAGGCCGAUCCCCAAGACCCUGGAGCCGACACCGACUUGGACUCUUUCCGUUUGAUCAACGUCGAUGUCGAGUUCCUUGUUGGCAAGCUUAACAUCAUUGCCGGCCCGACUGGCUCUGGAAAGACAUCUUUACUCAUGGCAUUGCUUGGAGAAAUGAGACUCCUUGAGGGUCGCGUUCAUCUCCCCGGCGGAUUGUCUAAUAGGGCAGAUCUCCCGGUGGAUCUUGAAACCGGUCUGGUUGAUAGCGUUGCUUACUGUGCCCAGGAAGCGUGGUUGGUCAAUGCCACCGUCAAGGAAAACAUCAUAUUCGCCUCUCCUUAUGACGAACGUCGCUACCGCGCAGUGCUUAAGGCAUGUGCUCUGGAACGUGAUCUUGCCAUCCUUGAUGCCGGUGACCAAACUCUGGUUGGAGAAAAGGGCAUCAGUUUGUCUGGUGGUCAGAAGCAGAGAAUCUCUCUUGCCCGCGCGAUCUAUAGCAGCGGCCGCCACUUGCUACUAGAUGACUGUCUUUCUGCUGUUGACUCCCACACUGCCAAGCAUAUCUUCCGUCAAGCUCUUACUGGCCCUCUGAUGUUGAACCGCACUUGCAUCUUGGUAACCCACAACAUCGCUUUGACUGUUCCUCAAUCGGACCAUGUUGUGGUGCUUGAGAACGGUAGGAUUUCCGCACAAGGCCGCCCCGAGGAUGUCGCCGCUACUGGUGCAUUGGGUGAUGAGUUCAUUAAGUCUCGGCCUGCUUCCCGGGAUAGCUCCCAUGGAGUAUCCCGCGCUCCCUCAGAACACGAAGGAGAUGAUGAAGCUCUGAACGAAGCGAAUGGGAAACCCCAGGAGGAUAAAGCAAAGCUCUCCGAGUCCAAGGCUACUGGUAGCAUCAAGUGGUCGACUGUCACCAUGUAUCUCCGUGCUAUGGGCCCUUGGUACUACUGGAUCGGUGCUGUUCUGGUGUUCUGCUUGCAACAACUGGGCUCUGUUUCCACCAACAUUUGGAUUCGCCAAUGGGCAAAUUCUUACCACACUUCCAAGGUUGGCACUGAGGAUGUCGGGCAGUACGCUGCUGUGGUCCACCUCAAACAACCUACCUUCAAUGUUGGAAGCGUCGGGCCUGUGGGUGGCUGGAGUCUUUCCCCACUUGGCGCAAACUCCGCCUCCGGUGAGACUGAUGGUGAAGUGAAUGUGGCCUAUUACUUGGGUGUCUAUGCACUCCUCGGAUUCUUGUACAUUAUCAUCUCCUUGUCUCGUGAAGGUGUCCUGUUCUGGGGUUCCCUCCAUGCAUCAUGGAAGAUUCAUGAUCGCCUCCUCAAUGCUGUCAUGCAUGCUAAAUUCCGCUUCUUCGACUCCACGCCUCUGGGGCAAUUGAUGAACCGGUUCUCCAAAGAUGUUGAAUCUGUCGAUCAGGAAGUCGCUCCCGUUGCCAUCGGCAUGCUUCACAGUCUGGCAUCCGUGAUCAUGAUUGUCAUCCUGAUCUCCUGGAUCACACCCGGCUUCCUGAUCGCCGGUGUGUUCAUCACUUUGGUUUACACUGCUUUGGGAGCUGUCUACUUGAACUCUUCGCGAGACCUGAAGCGUCUGGAAUCCGUUCAACGCAGUCCACUGUACCAGCAGUUCGGUGAGACUUUGAACGGAAUUGUCACUAUUCGUGCCUAUGGCGAUGCACCCCGCUUCAUGGUAGACAAUCACCGCCGCAUCAACGCCUACAACCGGCCACACAUCUACCUCUGGGCUAGUAACCGCUGGCUCGCACUCCGUGUCGACUGGACCGGUGCUCUAGUCUCCUUCUUCUCGGCUACAUUUGUGCUGCUGAACGUUGGAACAAUCGAUGCAGGCGCCGCUGGUCUUUCGCUGACCUACGCCGUAACAUUCACGGAGAAUGUGCUUUGGCUCGUGCGUCUGUACUCCGAGGUUCAACAGAACAUGAACUCCGUUGAGCGAGUAAGGGAGUAUCUCGAGGUUGACCAAGAAGCAGCUUCUGUUAUUGAAGAAUCGCGGCCUGCGGCCGAUUGGCCCAGCCAGGGUGCGGUUGAGUUCAAAGGCUACAGCACACGCUACCGACCUGAUCUAGACUCGGUCCUCAAGGAGGUUUCAUUCUCCGUGAAGGCCGGCGAGAAGGUCGGCAUUGUUGGUCGCACAGGUGCUGGUAAGAGUUCUCUUGCACUCGCUCUCUUCCGUGGUCUCGAGGCCGAAAAGGGCCAGAUCAUCAUUGAUGGCGUUGACAUCGGAUCAAUCGGACUACGGGAUCUGCGCGAGUCAAUCACCAUCGUCCCCCAGGACCCGACCUUGUUCACAGGUACCCUCCGCAGCAACCUCGAUCCCUUCGGCCUCUUCAGCGACGAGCAGAUCUUCACAGCUCUCCGUCGCGUGCACCUCAUCGGUUCAAGCACCUCCGGCACCGCGACCCCCACAACCGCAAGCACCGUCACCGCGACAGAAGCCAACGCCAACGGUACUGCGGAUGGAGCGAACGGCAGCGCCGUCACUGUAGUCGACAACAAGAAUAUCUUCCACAACCUGGACAGCCUAGUCUCCGAGUCCGGCUCCAAUCUCUCCCAAGGCCAGCGCCAACUCCUUUGUCUCGCCCGCGCUCUGCUGAAAAACCCCCGCGUCUUAAUGAUGGACGAAGCAACCGCAUCUAUCGACUACGCCACGGACGCCAAGAUUCAAGAGACUCUCCGCGAACUGCGCAACAGCACAAUCAUCACCAUCGCACACCGUUUGCAGACCAUCAUCGACUACGACAAGGUCCUCGUCCUCGAUCACGGCCGCGUCAUCGAAUACGAUCACCCCUGGACCCUCAUUAACAAGGAAGACGGCCUGUUCCGCGGCAUGUGCGAGAACAGCGGGAAUAUGGACGUCCUCCUGGACGGAGCUCAGCGCGCUUGGACGCAGAAGCGUCUGGUUGAUGACUCGUAG